AUGUUAUCGAGGUUCUUCGUCCUCUUGCCCCUGGUGUUGUCCAUGGUGGCCUUUAUCCUCUCAAUGCUCUGCCUUUUUGCUGGUCACAAGGAAGGGUUUAUGGAAGAAUACUCUGUUGCACGGCUCAACACUUCAAUGAUUGGCCAUAACGUUCUCGACACUGACAGCGACGCUUCUUCUAAUGACAACGAUGAAGAUGAUGGCUUCUUUGGCAAGGUCACCGACAAGUGGAACGAAGUUAAGGACGAUGUCAAGGGAAAGAUCAACGACAUCACUGGCGAUGUUGCAGACAAGCUGGCCGACACUAUUGGUAUUUCGGAGUGGUACUCCAUUCAUGUCAUGGCCACAUGUGAUGGACAGUACAAGCCCAAUGCCACGAGUCCUGGUGCUGGAUAUAAUGUUACAAACUGCACCAACUCUGCCCCCGAGAAACGCUUCAACCUCACUGAGAUGCUCGACAAGCAACUCGAAGUCGGCCCCUUCAAGCUGAAUCUUGCUGACAUUAACUGGCCCGAUGACAUCCAAGAUUCUAUCGAUCUUCUCAACACGGCUCUCCUCGUUACAUUCGUCUUCUACGUCCUCGCAGUGGGUUUCUCCGGCCUCGCCAUGGUCGCGAGCGCCGGCGCAUUCUUCCUCUUCGCUCGUCGCGGCGUCAACGCCGUCAACGUCAUUCUUUCGGGGCUCGCCGCACUUGUGCUCCUUAUCGCCAGCAUUCUCGUCACUGUGGCUGGCAAGAAGGGUGUAGACAAGAUCAACGACGUCGGCGAUGAUGUUGGACUGUCGGCGUCUGUUGGAAAUAAGUUCCUGGCGUUGACCUGGGCUGCUGCUGCUCUCAUGAUUAUCGCUGCUAUCUACUGGGCCAUGCACUUGUGCCUUAUGCGACGCGAGAGGAAGAGACAGUGGAAGCCACGAAAGGGGAGCUACUAG